GUCCUCAGGACUUACUCCCUCUCGAGAACCUGCCACGAUCGGCAACCGAUUUCCAGAAUAGUUCCUGAAAACACGCCGGGCUCGCGUCGCUUACGAGCAUCUUGCGGUUCAUGCAAGAUCGUGGCUGUCUUUAACGUAACUUGAGGAAAUCGCGAGAUGAGGAGGACCCGUACGAAUUGAAAGAGAGGUCAUCGUUGAUCCUACGUAAAAAGACACGGUGAACCGAAAACAUGUGGGCAAGCCUACAUACGUUAGGCGUUUUGAUAGCGCUGAUCUCGCCGACAUUAGCUGAUAUUGCAAAAGGUCUGCCCUCGAUACAUCUGCCCUUGCCACAUCUACCGAGUGGUUUCAUGUGCAUUGAAGUAGGAUAUCAUGCCGACCCUAGCGACUGUAGAAGAUUCUACCGAUGUGUCGAUUGGGGAUUCGGAAAACCGCUGCAGAUCUUUCAAUUCGAGUGCGGUGUUGGAACAGUAUUCUCGAUGCGUAGGGGUAACAUCUGUACUCUCCCCAACGACAGCGACCGCCCAGAGUGUGGUGGAAAUAUCAUAAACAACAAUAAUUCGACUACGACUUCUCCGCCCACAACAGAAAUAUGGGCAACCAAUGGAACUGUUACAAACAACCUACUGCAAACAACUUCACAGACCACUACCACAAGUUUAUCAACAAGUAGUAACCAAUCUUCUGCAACAAGUGGAAAACCAGGGAAUGACCAAGGUCGAGGACAAUGCGUUCAAGAAGGAUAUUUUGCUGAUGUGAAUAACUGUAGAAAAUUUUAUAGAUGCGUUGAAGAAGGUUCUGGAAACUUUGUAAAGCAUGAAUUUGAAUGUGGAGUUGGUACUGUCUGGGAUCCAGAUAUACAAGGAUGUAAUCAUCCUUGGGCUGUAUCACGAGAAGACUGCAAGGAAGACUCAGGGACAGCUGCUACUGGUAGUGGCGAUGAUAAUGGACAAUGGACCACAGAUAACAGUGGACAAUGGACAAGCGGAACAGGCAGCCCUGCACAACCUGGAGACGCUACUAGUCAAACAGGACAUCAAGGUCAGCCGGGAGAAACUACUGGACAACCUGCUUCUUCCGGUACUCCGGGCACUUCCGGUAUUGAAGGAAGUCCAAGUAACCCUGCCACACCUGGCACACCCGGCAUACCUGGAAGCCCAGGCACUCCAAGCAUUCCAGGAAGUCCUGGUGCUCCGGGCACUCCUGGUUCACCCAGCACACCUGCUACUCCUGGCACACCUGGUACUCCUGGCACACCUGGUACUCCUAGCACACCUGGUACUCCUAGCACACCUGGCAUUCCAGGAAGUCCAAGUAACCCUGCCACACCUGGCACACCCGGCAUACCUGGAAGCCCAGGCAUUCCUAGCAUUCCAGGAAGACCUGGAACUCCCGGCACACCUGGCACACCUGGUACUACUGGCACAUCUGGAACUUCAGGUACUCCAGGCACCUCAGGAACUCCUGGUACACCUGGCACCUCAGGAACUCCUGGUACCCCUGGCACAUCUGGCACAGCGGGUACAUCUGGCACACCCGGUAAACCUGGCACACCUGGUACUCCUGGCACACCUGGUACUCCUGGCAUACCUGGAACUCCUGGUACACCUGGCACCUCAGGAACUCCUGGUACUCCUGGCAUACCUGGUACUUCUGGCACACCUGGUACUCCUGGCACACCUGGAAGUCCUGGUGCCCCGGGCACUCCUGGCUCACCCAGCACACCUGGUACUCCUGGCACACCUGUUACUCCUGGCACACCUGUUACUCCUGGCACACCUGGUACUCCUGGCACACCUGGUACUCCUGGCACACCCGGUACUCCUGGCAUACCUGGUACUCCUGGCACAUCUGGUACUCCUGGCAAACCUGGUACUCCUGGCAAACCUGGUACUCCUGGCACACCUGGUACUGCUGGCACACCUGGUACUCCUGGAAGUCCUGGUGCCCCGGGCACUCCUGGCUCACCCAGCACACCUGGUACUCCUGGCAUACCUGGCAUUCCAGGAAGUCCAAGCAACCCCGGCACACCUGGCACACCGGGCAUACCUGGAAGCCCAGGCAUUCCUAGCAUUCCAGGAAGACCUGGUACUCCCGGCACACCUGGAACUCCUGGUAUACCUGGUACCUCAGGAACUCCUGGUACACCUGGCACCUCAGGAACUCCUGGUACUCCUGGCAUACCUGGUACUUCUGGCACACCUGGUACUCCUGGCACACCUGGUACUUCUGACAUACCUGGAACAUCUGGUACUUCUGACAUACCUGGCACUCCGGGAAGUCCAAGUAACCCUGCCACACCUGGCACACCUGGCAUACCUGGAAGCCCAGGCACUCCAAGCAUUCCAGGAAGUCCUGGUGCCCCGGGCACUCCUGGCUCACCCAGCACACCUGGUACUCCUGGCACACCUGGUACUCCUGGCACACCUGGUACUCCUGGCACACCUGGUACUCCUGGCACACCUGGUACUCCUGGCACACCUGGUACUCCUGGCAUACCUGGUACUCCUGGCACAUCUGGUACUCCUGGCACAUCUGGUACUCCUGGCACAUCUGGUACUCCUGGCAAACCUGGUACUCCUGGCACACCUGGUACUGCUGGCACACCUGGUACUCCUGGUACACCUGGAAGUCCUGGUGCCCCGGGCACUCCUGGCUCACCCAGCACACCUGGUACUACUGGCAUACCUGGCAUUCCAGGAAGUCCAAGCAACCCCGGCACACCUGGCACACCCGGCAUACCUGGAAGCCCAGGCAUUCCUAGCAUUCCAGGAAGACCUGGUACUCCCGGCACACCUGGCACAUCUGGAACAUCGGACACCACAGGAACUUCUGGUUCUACAAAUACGCCAGGAAAUUGCACACAUGAUGGGUUCUUCCCAGACCCCGCAGAUUGUCGAAAAUUCUAUCGCUGUGUCGGCAGUGGUUCCACGUUUAUCAAAUACGAGUUCCAGUGCGGAACAGGAACUGCUUGGGAUUCAGCAAUUCAGAGCUGUAAUCACGAUUAUCUCGUUCCCAGUUGUUCAUAUACAGCAUCGACGGAAACUAGCACGGCUGCAUCUGAAUCAAGUACGAAGUCUACUUCUGAAGGUACUACAGCGUCUGCGACUAUAGCAUCUACUCAGCCCACGUCUGAUUCGAGUACAGAAACUACUUCUGGAAUAACUACGGAGAGGCCUAAGAACGCCACAGUUUGUGAUAAGCCAGGUUUCUAUCCGGACCCUACAUGGUGUGACAAAUUCUAUCGUUGCGUUGACAAUGGAAGAGGCUUCAACGUGUAUCAUUUCGACUGCGCACCCGGAACCAUAUGGGAUCCUAGCAUCGACACGUGCAAUCAUCCCGAGUCCGUGUAUCCUCCAAGAAAUUGCACGAUGCGUCCGUCAAGUUCAUCUACUACUACGGAUCAAACGACAAGUAGUGCAGGUACUGAAUCAACUGCAACUAUGACAAAUUCGACUACUGCACCUACAGCACCGACGGAAUCUAACACAGCUGCAUCUGAGUCAAGUACUGAACCAACAUCUGGAGGUACUACAGUAACUACUACUGAAUCAUCCACUCAGUCAAAUAUAACCGAUUCGACUGCUUCAUCUGUAGCACCGACAGAAACUAACACAGCUGCAUUUGUAUCGAGUACAGUAUCUACUUCUGAAGGUACAACAGCGACUGUAGCAUCUACUGAACCCACGUCUGAAUCGCAUACAGAAAGUACCUCUGGGGCAACUACGAAGAAGCCUAAUAACCCUACAGUUUGUGAUAGGCCCGGAUUCUAUCCGGACCCAACAUGGUGUGACAAAUUCUAUCGAUGCGUUGACAAUGAAAACGGUUUCAACGUGUAUCAUUUCGACUGCGCACCCGGAACCAUAUGGGAUCCUAGCAUCGACACGUGCAAUCAUCCCGAGUCCGUGUAUCCUCCAAGAAAUUGCACGAUGCCUCCGUCCGGUUCAUCUACUACUACGGAACAAGCGCCAAGUAGUGCAAGUACUGGAUCUACUGCAACGACAACACAAUCGACUACUGCAGAACCGCCGGGAUCUAGCACGACUGCAUCUGUAUCAAGUACGAAGUCUACUUCUGAGGGUACUACAGCGCCUGCGUCGAUAGCAUCUACUCAGCCCACGUCUGAUUCGAGUACGGAAACUACUUCUGGGACAACUACGAAGAAGCCUAAUAACCCUACAGUUUGUGAUAGGCCCGGAUUCUAUCCGGACCCAACAUGGUGUGACAAAUUCUAUCGAUGCGUUGACAAUGGAAACGGUUUCAACGUGUAUCAUUUCGACUGCGCACCCGGAACCAUAUGGGACCCUAGCAUCGACACUUGCAAUCAUCCCGAGUCCGUGUAUCCUCCAAGAAAUUGCACGAUGGCUCCGUCAGGUUCAUCUACUACUACGGAUCAAGCGCCAAGUAGUGCAAGUACUGGAUCUACUGCAACAAUAACAGAAUCGACUACUGCAGAACCGCCGGGAUCUAGCACGACUGCAUCUGAAUCAAGUACGAAAUCUACUUCUGAAGGUACUACAGCGCCUGCGUCUAUAGCAUCUACUCAGCCCACGUCUGAUUCGAGUACCGAAACUACUUCUGGGACAACUACGAAGAAGCCUAAUAACCCUACAGUUUGUGAUAGGCCCGGAUUCUAUCCGGACCCAACAUGGUGUGACAAAUUCUAUCGAUGCGUUGACAAUGGAAACGGUUUCAACGUGUAUCAUUUCGACUGCGCACCCGGAACCAUAUGGGAUCCUAGCAUCGACACGUGCAAUCAUCCCGAGUCCGCGUAUCCUCCAAGAAAUUGCACGAUGCGUCCGUCAAGUUCAUCUACUACUACGACAAGUAGUGCAGGUACUGAAUCAACUGCAACUAUAACAGAUUCGACUACUGCACCUACAGAACCGACGGAAUCUAACACAGCUGCAUCUGAAUCAAGUACUGAGCCUACGUCUGAUGGUACUACAGUAACUACUACUGAAGCAUCUACUCAGUCAACUAUAACCGAUUCCACUACUUCAUCUAUAGCACCGACAGAAACUAACACAGCUGCAUCUGAAUCGAGUACAGUAUCUACUUCUGAAGGUACUACAGUGACUGCAACUGUAGCAUCUACUGAGUCAACAAUAACCGAUUCGACUACUGCACCUACAGCACCGACGGAAUCUAAUUCAGCUACAUCUGAAUCAAGUACUGAGCCUACUUCUGAAGGUACUACAGUAACUACUACCGAAGCAUCUACUCAGUCAACUAUAACCGAUUCGACUAUUUCAUCUACAGCACCGACGGGAAAUAGCACAGCUGCAUUUGUAUCGAGUACAGUAUCUACUUCUGAAGGUACAACAGCGACUGUAGCAUCUACGGAGCCCACGUCUGAAUCGCAUACAGAAAGUACCUCUGGGGCAACUACGAAGAAGCCUAAUAACCCUACAAUUUGUGAUAGGCCUGGAUUCUAUCCGGACCCGACAUGGUGUGACAAAUUCUAUCGUUGCGUUGACAAUGGAAGAGGUUUCAACGUGUAUCAUUUCGACUGCGCACCCGGAACCAUAUGGGACCCUAGCAUCGACACUUGCAAUCAUCCCGAGUCCGUGUAUCCUCCAAGAAAUUGCAAGAUGUCUCCGUCAGGUUCAUCUACUACUACGGAUCAAGCGCCAAGUAGUGCAAGUACUGGAUCUACUGCAACAAUAACACAAUCGACUACUGCAGAACCGCCGGGAUCUAGCACGACUGCAUCUGAAUCAAGUACGAAAUCUACUUCUGAAGGUACUACAGCGCCUGCGUCUAUAGCAUCUACUCAGCCCACGUCUGAUUCGAGUACGGAAACUACUUCUGGGACAACUACGGAGAAGCCUAAGAACCCCACAGUUUGUGAUAGGCCUGGAUUCUAUCCGGACCCGACAUGGUGUGACAAAUUCUAUCGUUGCGUUGACAAUGGAAGAGGCUUCAACGUGUAUCAUUUCGACUGCGCACCCGGAACCAUAUGGGAUCCUAGCAUCGACACGUGCAAUCAUCCCGAGUCCGUGUAUCCUCCAAGAAAUUGCACGAUGUCUCCGUCAAGUUCAUCUACUACUACGGAUCAAACGACAAGUAGUGCAGGUACUGAAUCAACUGCAACUAUAACAGAUUCGACUACUGCACCUACAGAACCGACGGAAUCUAACACAGCUGCAUCUGAAUCAAGUACUGAGCCUACGUCUGAUGGUACUACAGUAACUACUACUGAAGCAUCUACUCAGUCAACUAUAACCGAUUCCACUACUUCAUCUAUAGCACCGACAGAAACUAACACAGCUGCAUCUGAAUCGAGUACAGUAUCUACUUCUGAAGGUACUACAGUGACUGCAACUGUAGCAUCUACUGAGUCAACAAUAACCGAUUCGACUACUGCACCUACAGCACCGACGGAAUCUAACACAGCUACAUCUGAAUCAAGUACUGAGCCUACUUCUGAAGGUACUACAGUAACUGCUACCGAAGCAUCUACUCAGUCAACUAUAACCGAUUCGACUAUUUCAUCUACAGCACCGACGGGAAAUAGCACAGCUGCAUUUGUAUCGAGUACAGUAUCUACUUCUGAAGGUACAACAGCGACUGUAGCAUCUACGGAGCCCACGUCUGAAUCGCAUACAGAAAGUACCUCUGGGACAACUACGAAGAAGCCUAAUAACCCUACAGUUUGUGAUAGGCCUGGUUUCUAUCCGGACCCGACAUGGUGUGACAAAUUCUAUCGUUGCGUUGACAAUGGAAGAGGCUUCAACGUGUAUCAUUUCGACUGCGCACCCGGAACCAUAUGGGACCCUAGCAUCGACACUUGCAAUCAUCCCGAGUCCGUGUAUCCUCCAAGAAAUUGCAAGAUGUCUCCGUCAGGUUCAUCUACUACUACGGAACAAACGUCAAGUAAUGCAAGCACUGGAUCUACUGCAACGACAACACAAUCGACUACUGCAGAACCGCCGGGAUCUAGCACGACUGCAUCUGAAUCAAGUACGAAGUCUACUUCUGAAGGUACUACAGCGCCUGCGACUAUAACAUCUACUCAGCCCACGUCUGAUUCGAGUACGGAAACUACUUCUGGGACAACUACGAAGAAGCCUAAGAACCCUACAGUUUGUGAUAUGCCUGGAUUCUAUCCGGACCCGACAUGGUGUGACAAAUUCUAUCGUUGCGUUGACAAUGGAAGAGGCUUCAACGUGUAUCAUUUCGACUGCGCACCCGGAACCAUAUGGGACCCUAGCAUCGACACUUGCAAUCAUCCCGAGUCCGUGUAUCCUCCAAGAAAUUGCAAGAUGUCUCCGUCAGGUUCAUCUACUACGACGGAACAAUCGUCAAGUAAUGCAAGCACUGGAUCUACUGCCACGACAACACAAUCGACUACUGCAGAACCGCCGGGAUCUAGCACGACUGCAUCUGUAUCAAGUACGAAAUCUACUUCUGAAGGUACUACAGCGCCUGCGACUAUAACAUCUACUCAGCCCACGUCUGAUUCGAGUACGGAAACUACUUCUGGGACAACUACGGAGAAGCCUAAGAACCCCACAGUUUGUGAUAGGCCUGGAUUCUAUCCGGACCCGACAUGGUGUGACAAAUUCUAUCGUUGCGUUGACAAUGGAAGAGGCUUCAACGUGUAUCAUUUCGACUGCGCACCCGGAACCAUAUGGGAUCCUAGCAUCGACACGUGCAAUCAUCCCGAGUCCGUGUAUCCUCCAAGAAAUUGCACGAUGCGUCCGUCAAGUUCAUCUACUACUACGGAUCAAACGACAAGUAGUGCAGGUACUGAAUCAACUGCAACUAUAACAGAUUCGACUACUGCACCUACAGAACCGACGGAAUCUAACACAGCUGCAUCUGAAUCAAGUACUGAGCCUACGUCUGAUGGUACUACAGUAACUACUACUGAAGCAUCUACUCAGUCAACUAUAACCGAUUCCACUACUUCUUCUAUAGCACCGACAGAAACUAACACAGCUGCAUCUGAAUCGAGUACAGUAUCUACUUCUGAAGGUACUACAGUGACUGCAACUGUAGCAUCUACUGAGUCAACAAUAACCGAUUCGACUACUGCACCUACAGCACCGACGGAAUCUAACACUGCUACAUCUGAAUCAAGUACUGAGCCUACUUCUGAAGGUACUACAGUAACUACUACCGAAGCAUCUACUCAGUCAACUAUAACCGAUUCGACUAUUUUAUCUACAGCACCGACGGGAAAUAGCACAGCUGCAUUUGUAUCGAGUACAGUAUCUACUUCUGAAGGUACAACAGCGACUGUAGCAUCUACGGAGCCCACGUCUGAAUCGCAUACAGAAAGUACCUCUGGGGCAACUACGAAGAAGCCUAAUAACUCUACAGUUUGUGAUAGGCCUGGUUUCUAUCCGGACCCGACAUGGUGUGACAAAUUCUAUCGUUGCGUUGACAAUGGAAGAGGCUUCAACGUGUAUCAUUUCGACUGCGCACCCGGAACCAUAUGGGACCCUAGCAUCGACACUUGCAAUCAUCCCGAGUCCGUGUAUCCUCCAAGAAAUUGCAAGAUGUCUCCGUCAGGUUCAUCUACUACUACGGAUCAAGCGCCAAGUAGUGCAAGUACUGGAUCUACUGCAACAAUAACAGAAUCGACUACUGCAGAACCGCCGGGAUCUAGCACGACUGCAUCUGAAUCAAGUACGAAAUCUACUUCUGAAGGUACUACAGCGCCUGCGUCUAUAGCAUCUACUCAGCCCACGUCUGAUUCGAGUACGGAAACUACUUCUGGGACAACUACGGAGAAACCUAAGAACCCCACAGUUUGUGAUAGGCCUGGAUUCUAUCCGGACCCGACAUGGUGUGACAAAUUCUAUCGUUGCGUUGACAAUGGAAGAGGCUUCAACGUGUAUCAUUUCGACUGCGCACCCGGAACCAUAUGGGACCCUAGCAUCGACACUUGCAAUCAUCCCGAGUCCGUGUAUCCUCCAAGAAAUUGCAAGAUGUCUCCGUCAGGUUCAUCUACUACUACGGAUCAAGCGCCAAGUAGUGCAAGUACUGGAUCUACUGCAACAAUAACAGAAUCGACUACUGCAGAACCGCCGGGAUCUAGCACGACUGCAUCUGAAUCAAGUACGAAAUCUACUUCUGAAGGUACUACAGCGCCUGCGUCUAUAGCAUCUACUCAGCCCACGUCUGAUUCGAGUACGGAAACUACUUCUGGGACAACUACGGAGAAGCCUAAGAACCCCACAGUUUGUGAUAGGCCUGGAUUCUAUCCGGACCCGACAUGGUGUGACAAAUUCUAUCGUUGCGUUGACAAUGGAAGAGGCUUCAACGUGUAUCAUUUCGACUGCGCACCCGGAACCAUAUGGGAUCCUAGCAUCGACACGUGCAAUCAUCCCGAGUCCGUGUAUCCCCCAAGAAAUUGCACGAUGCGUCCGUCAAGUUCAUCUACUACUACGGAUCAAACGACAAGUAGUGCAGGUACUGAAUCAACUGCAACUAUAACAGAUUCGACUACUGCACCUACAGAACCGACGGAAUCUAACACAGCUGCAUCUGAAUCAAGUACUGAGCCUACGUCUGAUGGUACUACAGUAACUACUACUGAAGCAUCUACUCAGUCAACUAUAACCGAUUCCACUACUUCAUCUAUAGCACCGACAGAAACUAACACAGCUGCAUCUGAAUCGAGUACAGUAUCUACUUCUGAAGGUACUACAGUGACUGCAACUGUAGCAUCUACUGUGUCAACAAUAACCGAUUCGACUACUGCACCUACAGCACCGACGGAAUCUAACACAGCUACAUCUGAAUCAAGUACUGAGCCUACUUCUGAAGGUACUACAGUAACUGCUACCGAAGCAUCUACUCAGUCAACUAUAACCGAUUCGACUAUUUCAUCUACAGCACCGACGGGAAAUAGCACAGCUGCAUUUGUAUCGAGUACAGUAUCUACUUCUGAAGGUACAACAGCGACUGUAGCAUCUACGGAGCCCACGUCUGAAUCGCAUACAGAAAGUACCUCUGGGGCAACUACGAAGAAGCCUAAUAACCCUACAGUUUGUGAUAGGCCUGGUUUCUAUCCGGACCCGACAUGGUGUGACAAAUUCUAUCGUUGCGUUGACAAUGGAAGAGGCUUCAACGUGUAUCAUUUCGACUGCGCACCCGGAACCAUAUGGGACCCUAGCAUCGACACUUGCAAUCAUCCCGAGUCCGUGUAUCCUCCAAGAAAUUGCAAGAUGUCUCCGUCAGGUUCAUCUACUACUACGGAACAAACGUCAAGUAAUGCAAGCACUGGAUCUACUGCAACGACAACACAAUCGACUACUGCAGAACCGCCGGGAUCUAGCACGACUGCAUCUGAAUCAAGUACGAAGUCUACUUCUGAAGGUACUACAGCUCCUGCGACUAUAGCAUCUACUCAGCCCACGUCUGAUUCGAGUACGGAAACUACUUCUGGGACAACUACGGAGAAGCCUAAGAACCUCACAGUUUGUGAUAGGCCUGGUUUCUAUCCGGACCCUACAUGGUGUGACAAAUUCUAUCGUUGCGUUGACAAUGGAAGAGGCUUCAACGUGUAUCAUUUCGACUGCGCACCCGGAACCAUAUGGGAUCCUAGCAUCGACACGUGCAAUUAUCCCGAAUCUGUGUAUCCUCCAAGAAAUUGCAUGAUGCCUUUGUUAGAUUCAACUACAAAUGCGGUACAAACAUCAAGUAGUGCAAGCACUGAAUCUACUGCAACAAUAACGGAAUCGAAUACUGCACCUGCGGCACCGACGGAAUCUAGCACGGCUGUAUCUGAAUCAAGUACUGAGUCUACUUCUGAAAGUACUACAGGUACUACUACUGAAGCAGCUACUCAGUCAACUAUAACCGAUUCCACUACUUCAUCUAUAGCUCCGACAGGAACUAGCACAGCUGCAUCUGAAUCGAGUACAGAAUCUACUUCUGAAGGUUCUUCAGUGACUGCGACUGUACCAUCUACUCAGCCAACAAUAACCGAUUCGACUACUUCACCUACAGCACCGACGGGAACUAGCACAGCUGCAUCUGAAUCGAGUACAGAAUCUACUUCUAAAGGUACUACCGAAACUACGACUAAAGCAUCUACUGAGCCCACGUCUGAAUCGGGUACGGAAAUUACCUCUGAGGAAACUACGAAGGAGCCUAAUAACGCCACAGUUUGUGAUAAGCCAGGUUUCUAUCCGGACCCAACACUGUGUGACAAAUUCUAUCAGUGCAUUGACAAUGGAAACGGCUUCGACGUGAAAUAUUUCAUCUGCGCAACUGGAACCAUAUUUGAUCCUAACAUCGGUAGAUGCAAUCAGCCCGAGUCAGUGCAUCCUCCAAGAGAUUGCGCGAUGUUUACUACUACCGUAUCGUCUACUACAGAAUCAACGACUAGGACUGCCGAAACUGCAACAUCAACUACAGGAUUCACCACGGGGUCGACUACUGAAGCUUCUAUCCCAACGCCUUGUCCAAUUGGAAAUUUAACCGAUGAGCAGAUAGUACUAAUAUGCCCAUCUGGUUUCCGGAGACAUCCGAAAUAUUGCAACCUAUUUUAUCAAUGUACUAUGGAAAACAAUGUGGACAUCAAAGUACUGGUAUUGAGUUGCCCAGAAGGAUUGAUCUUCGAUGAUCAAAAGUUACAAUGUUUGCCUGAAGACAAAACCGACCAACAUUGCAAGGGUACUAAAGCUUCUGCACGAUUUUACAGAAAAUUAGAGGAGAGUUCUAUGUCUCCUAUCAAAGCAUCGAGCGAGGUACUAUGUCCAGGAGCGGGACACUAUCCUUACAAACAAGGCUGCAGUAGCGCGUUCUAUAAUUGCAAACAGAAUUCCAGGGGCAAUCUUGAAGGUUAUUUGUAUAAAUGUCCAGAGAACUUCUUAUACUCGUCAGUUUCGAGGAGAUGCGAGCGUGCAACACGAUUACCAUUGUGCACGAUAUUUAAGGAUAAAGAUAAAGAGAAUUGGGAGGAGAGAUGGCAGAUUCCAAUAGAAGAGUCUAAUCUGUCUGCCCGAAGUCUGUUUGUCUAAAUUUUCAUAAAAAGCUAUUAGUGGUUCGAAUGGACAACGUAAACUCUCAGGACAAUUUCUGCUCUUAUUUUCUAUUAUAUCUAUUUAAAAGUCGUAACUUUUACUUAUUAGAAUAUGAGUAAAUUACCUUUGCAACAUGGCUGCGGAAGAUCUCAUAAAAAAACAUUCAGAUCUUCAACAGUCAUCUUGCCGUAAUUAAUAACUCUAUAUCGAUUCAUGUGCAAAAAGUAAUUCUUAACUAUUGUUCGAAAAUAUAAUAGGUAUUUUCCUAUGAUUUUCCGCAGCGAGAUCGUAAAAUCAUUGGAAAACCUUCGCGAGUGUUGGGGGUUUUGGUUGAGGGAUUUAUAUGCAAUAUUCGACUGUAUUCAGUAAUUUAUAAUAUUUAUUUAUAGAGUCGAACAUUUACUUGCGACUAGGUGCCGCGAUUUAUAUAAUUUUAGGUUAAUGUAACCGUAAUAAAUCAAAAUUGACGAUAAUAAAAUUAAUAUCCAAAGGUAAAUAUAAUAAUUAAAGAUUAGAAUUUUAAGUACGGUGAAAUAUAAAAUAUAGAAUGUUUGGCGUUUAAUAAAUUUAUCCGAUGAAUUCAAUAGUGCUCAAACUUUUCACUGAGAAAGUAUAUUUACAACCUCAGGACCAUGUUCUGAA